AUGACUCUAGUUGAGAUGGAUACUACUCAAAAUGAUAUGCAAGUUACUCCUACUGAUGUUGAUUCUAGUAGUGCAGGGCAUUUUAGUCAGUCUAUGCAAGUUACUCCACCUAGAAGCUAUGAAGGUGAUGAGGGUGUUGUGGGUGAGGAAGCUGAGGAGGGUGGUAAUGUUCAAGAUGAUGAGGUUCAGCAGGUAAGGGUUAAACCAAUUUCAGAGAUUUUGAAGAUAAUAAGGAGAAAAAAGUCAGAGAGAAUUUUGAAGCUGAAAUUAGGGAAGAGAAUUGGUAGUGUUGAUGAUCCAGGAAAUUCUAAAGGGAAAAGCUAA